AUGUCUGGCCUACCUUACAAGACAGAAAAACCUAUCACACUUGAUGAUACAGAGCAUCGUAUUCGUAUCACGUUGACGUCUCAAAACGUCUCUUCAUUAGAGAAAGUCUGUGAACAGCUUAUUAAUGGAGCAAAAGAAAAAAAUCUUGUUGUGAAGGGACCCAUUCGCAUGCCUACAAAGAUACUCCGCAUCACAACUCGUAAGACCCCGUGUGGUGAAGGCUCAAAAACUUGGGAUCGUUUUCAAAUGCGGAUACAUAAGCGUCUGAUCAAUAUGCACAGUCCGAGCGAUGUAUUAAAGCAAAUUACGAGCAUCUCGAUUGAACCGGGCGUUGAUGUGGAAGUUACUAUCAAUGAUUCUUAA